AUGCCGCUAAACGAACGGUACACAAUCCUCAUAGUCUGCCCCCUCGGUCUUGAAGCCGCGGCAAUGAAAGGGUUUUUUGACGAAGAAUAUAAAAUGCAUGCAAUGUCUCGUGAUGAUGUUAAUGUAUAUACCCUCGGGAAAAUCGGAAAACACUUCGUUGCCAUUGCCACCCCAUCAGACACUGGGCUUACGUCUGCAGCUACGCUUGCUACCGAUGCUUGGAGGACAUUUAAAAAACUUCGAUUUACGUUGUUGGUGGGUGUAGCCGCUGGAAUUCCGCUAAGAGGUCGAGGAAUUGAGCUAGGUGAUGUAGUGGUUGGAAAAAGGAUCUGCCAGUAUGAUUGGAAAAGGGAGCUCGGGAAUGGGAAAUACGAAUUGAUAGGCCACCUGAAUAACCCGCCGGCAACGCUAAGUCAAAUUGCGAAGAGUGCGCCGGAAGAAGAAGCCCACAUUUUCGUCUCAAAUCUUUUGAGGAAGAAACUUGGCACUGACGAAUUUAAACGGCCAACGAUACAUUAUGGGGUUAUAGCCUCAGGGAAUUCUCUCGUAAGAGAUGCUAGCUUCAGGGAUCAGAUUCUGGAAAAGGAGCGCGAUGCUCUUUGCAUUGAAAUGGAGAGCGCCGGACUCACCAACAAGCACCAUUGCUUAGCUAUCAGAGGGAUAUCUGACUUUGGGGACGAGAAUAAGGACGAUAUCUGGCAACGCCGGGCUGCAAGAGCGGCAGCAGCCGUUGCAACAUACAUCCUGUCUGAAUGCCCGCCAUUCGACGAUGAUCCCCCAAGUGAGGAGCAGUGGUGGUUGGCCCCUCAAUUCUCGAACGCACAACAGACCGAUAUGCCUCUGCAGCCACAUGUACAAUCCCGACAGCCAACAAAUGCUAGUCAUAGCCAACUUGAUUUCUAUGAGCAGAGCCCUCAACCCUCUUCCAGGGCUGGGUACGGGAUACGAACCCCUUCUAGGGCUAUACUUUAUCAGGGUAGCCAUAAUCAUUUCCCCCAUCCACAGCCACAACAACAUUUGCCCCUCGAAAGCGGCUCGAAAUUAGACGCUCAGCCACAUUUUUUCGAGAAUAAUCCAUUCAAACAGACCCCUCAACUUGUGAGUAUAUGGUCACAAAAUUCAAGCAGCGAUCCAGCUACUAGCGAGUUGUCCGACUGGGAUAGUAGCAACCCCGGAAUAAAGGAGAGAUAG